GAUGGCCACAGACGUGAAGACCCAGUUGGCUGAACAUCCACUGAUGAGUCCAAGGGCUAAGCUGAAGCCUGAAAAGAAGUCAGGGCACAGGCCAAGGAGCCACGGGGACAACGGGCCACAGAAAGAACUGAUGAUCCCAGGGAUCGUGGAUUUCCAGCUGAUCCAAACAGCACUGAAGACCCCCAAGCCCCAGACCCCUGGAGCCUACCGCUUUGGCCGCCUCAGCCACCACUCCUUCUUCUCCCGGCACCACCCCCACCCACAACGUGUGACCCAUAUCCAAGAUCUCACCGGGAAGCCUGUCUGUGUCGUCAGAGACGAGUUCUCUGUGGCCCCCUUGCCUCAAGCCACACUUUUAUCCCGCUGUCUGAUGGGGUUGCCCACCAUCUCUGUCCCCAUCGGAGACCCGCAGUCCAAUCGGGAACCCCGGCUUUCUUCUGAGGCAUGGAAGAAGGAGUUGAGAGACCUGGCUUCCCGGGUGGCCGUCUUCACCAAGGAGAAUGAGCUGAAGAGCAAAGAGGUGGGUCAGAAGGAGGAGCCUCAGCGGGAGCAAGGGGCAAAGUACUCAGCCGAGACCGGGAGGCUCAUCCCCACUUCCACCCGAGUCAUUGGUCGCCGCCACUCCCGCCAGGGCCCACGGAUGUAUUCUUCUGGCAAAGAUGAAGGAGUCCAGACUGUCUUCCUAAAGGAUCAUGAGCUGCUGGUCCUGGAGCUCCUUUGUCAGAUCCUGCAGACAGACUCCCUGAGCACUAUCCAGUUCUGGCUACUUUACGCCCCCCCAAAAGAGAAAGACCUGGCCCUGGGGCUCCUGCAAACAGCCGUGGCUCAGCAAUUUCCACAGCCCCUAGUCUCUAUCCCGUUGGAAAAACUUCUCUAUCAGCUCCAGGAAUUCCAAGAGCCAUCUCAAGAGAAGCAACAGCCGCCCUACAGUCAAUCCCCGAAGAAGACGAAGACCCCACCACUACCCAAAGGCGACCAACCAGAGUACAUCGGGAGAGCACAAAUUCUCCGGAUGCAUCUGAACCAGAACACAGAAGACAGAAAUUCAAAGCCAAAGGCAGAAUGCGGAGUCUGAGUCCCU